CCCACAGGUAGUUUUGGAGCUGUUAAUUCGCUGCUGCCUAGCCCCGCCGACCUGUGUUCUGCAUUGUCUCACACUAUUUGCUACGCACACACGCUCCUACCUGCCCAUUUCUCAGUUCUUCCCGGUGGUAUGAACUUUGGAUGCAGCAGUGAAGUGUCCAACUGUUGCGUGUCACAUCUGCCAGAGAAUUCCUGAGUGAUUAUUGACGGUGACUGAAGGUGGACACACCUCUCUACCUAUCAGUCUCUCAGUCCUGACUGUCUGUCUCUCUACAGGACAAUGUUUAUAGUCUUCCUCAGACUAAUAGAGGCACAGCUAUUUCGCUCAGGAGACCUCCAAGACACAUCCACUAGAGUCAAUGUCAAGUGCUGAUCACCAUAUACUGGCUAGGUAGGAAGGCACAAUGCGAGCCCUUCUAUAAUGGACCUAACUUAAGACUCAAGGCCUUCGAAGGACUACUGGACAUAGCAGCGCUAUCCAAGGCACUUAAGGAAUCAUCCGGCCAGAGAGCCAGCAGCAGCAGAAGAUUUAGAGAAGAGACAGCUGGUAUAGUGGGAGAGAGGAUAUAUUACCUAUACUGAGAGGAGGAGGACACAGGGUUCUAGACCACACAGCAGAACCCUGACAACACGCUCAAAGCAGCAGUGAGGGUUGUGAGAGUGUCGCGGAGACGGACUCAGUCUUCAGGAUGGCGGCAGACAGUAACAAGGAUUCACUGCACUACCGCCGCUCGCUGGUCAUCGAGCCUAAAACGACCACGCAGUUCAACCAGUUCCUGCCCACCAAGGACAAGCCAGCGGCCUAUGUGCCAGCGCCGCUCCGCAAGAAGCGGGCCGAGCGCCAUGAGGACAGCCGCCGGAGCUGGGCCAGCCCCAUGUACACGGAGGAAGAUGGCACCUUCACCAGGAGCAAAUCAAUGACAGACCUUGCAGUGGACCAGGCAGCACUGAAGCAGGUAUGCCAAGAGGAACUACAGAAGAUCAGAGAGCAGGUCAAGGAGAACGAGGACCAGUGGCAGGAUGACCUCACCAAGUGGAAGAACCGUCGCAAGAGCGUCAACUCUGAUAUUGUGAAGAAGAAAGAGGAGAGGGAGCAGAUUGAGCAGACCACAGAGAGCAGCGGAGGAGGGAGCGGUGGUUUCCUGAGGUCCAUCCGGAGCUCCAUCGGCAGUCGUCUCAACUCCCUCGCCGCCCUGGACCAGGACGUGUUUGAAGACUCCGCUCCAGUCCUCCAAACCCGUACCCUCCCCCCCAGGAGCUACACCAUCGACUAUCCCUACACCCCCGUUGAGCGCCCCAGUCCCACACCCCCCUCCGUGCCCCACCCGAGAGAGGAGGACCCCGUCCCCACCACAGCCACCGACAGGGCCUACUCACCCUUCAGGGGUGACAUGAGCAAUAGUAGUGACCGUCCCUCCGGUUCAGGUAGCGACAUCACAAACAACACUACCACCAUCGGUCGUACCUCCAACUACAACCGCUACGUUCCGACCCCCUCGGAGAGAGCCCCGACCCCCUCGGAGAGAGCCCCGACCCCCUCGGAGAGAGCCCCGACCCCCUCGGAGAGAGCCCCGACCCCCUCGGAGAGAGCCCCGACCCCCUCGGAGAGAGCCCCGACCCCCUCGGAGAGAGCCCCGACCCCCUCGGAGAGAGCCCCGACCCCCUCGGAGAGAGCCCCGACCCCUCGGAGAGAGCCCCGACCCCCUCGGAGAGAGCCCCGACCCCCUCGGAGAGAGCCCCGACCCCCUCGGAGAGAGCCCCAAGCCCGGCCUUGCGGUACACCAGCGCAGCCAAGAUGGAGGAGACCUCCAACACCACCACCACCCCUAGCUUCCUCCCAAAACUACCCGAGCCCAGGCGCCCGUGGGCAGGCAAGGUGGCUGAAGAAGUGACCACUUCCACUGGUGGUGGUUCUCUGUACAAACUACAGCCACUGUACAACUCGGUGGCAAUGGAGCAAAAGCCUGUGCCUCCCAGUGUGUCUCGGGUUUCUGCCUCUCUCCCCAGGAGCUACAUGAAAUCGGAUAGUGCUCGCCUCACCUCUGUCAUCACGCCACGGCCCUUCGGGAGCCAGUCCACCUGCAUCGCAUCGCUGCCACGCGCCUACACCAAAAGUGUGAACGGCGAGAUGGAUGUCACCCAGAAGUCGUCGGCCCCCAGCCGCUAUAGCCAGGUCAUGACCUCCGAGGACGAGGCACGUUCCCACUCCAACUCUGCCAACAGCAGUGGAGGAGAGGAAGAGGAGGUGGAAGAAGAAAAGAGAGAGAGGGUAAGGGGAGUGAACCCCACACUGGUCCCUACCCUGGCCCCCUCUCCUGUCCCUCCUCAGGCCAGGAGUCCUUUCACUGCACCCCAGCUCCCGAAAGUGGCCUCCUCAGCCCCGGUCAGUCCUGUACCUGCAAAGGACGCAAACAAGGAGAGCUACGCUGACAUGCGGAUCAGUCUCAACCAGAAGCCCAACAGCAGUCGAGACUUUGGCUUCCAGACUGAGUGGGACUCCACUGGAGCACACGUCACCUCCAUCCAACCAGGCAGCCCAGCGGAGCUGUGCCAACUGCAGGUUGGAGAUGAGGUGCUGGCGGUGAGCGGGCACAGGGUGGCAGAGAUGAGCUAUGGCGAGUGGAAGAGCAGCACAGAGCAGGCCUUGCAGCAGGGCAGCCUCACCAUGGACAUACGUCGCCACGGCAGGAACAACUGGGACAGAGACCUACCUUCCCUGCCGUGCAAAAGCCAUAAGACCAUCAAUCUGACCAGUAUGAAUCAUCAUCCAACACUUAUAGGUUCCCCCAACACAGCCACGGUUAACUCAACCACCAGCUUGGCUUUCACAUCUCAGGGAUCCAUAGAAACCACCAAGGAAAUCGCCAUCCAACAAAUCAUUGAUGUGGCAUCCAUUGGAGUGAAUGGAGGUUCCCGUGACAAGACGGUGACCAUGAAAAACAAAGAGUCUGUAGAACCCAUAUCUUUGAAAAACUUAAAACGGAGGUCAGAGUUUUUUGAACAAGGAGGAUCAGAUUCUGCGAUAUCAGAUAUGCCCGUUCCCUCCAUCGCUCCCUCUAACCACUGGUCCUGGGACCUGGAGGAGGAGCGCCGGAGGCAGGAGAAGUGGCAGAAAGAGCAGGAGCGACUUCUACAGGAAAAAUACAGUCGUGACCAGGAGAAACUGGAGGAGGAGUGGCGUCGAGCCCAGCAGGAUGCUGUGACUGACGGGGGCAGGCAACAACAAGAAGAGCCGAGCAGCAAGAGUCUCAGCCUACCCUGCCCUCUCCGCCAGCCCAUCCUGCCCUGGGAGGACCAGGAGGAAGAGAGGAGGAGGAGGAGGAGGGAAGAGGAGGAGGCACAGCGAAGACAGGAGGAGGAGAAGAGGAGAAUGGAGGACGAGCAGCGAUGGCAGGAGGAGAGGAUGAGAACGGAGGAGCGAGAUCUGCGUCUUCAGAAGGAGAGGAAGAGGGAGGAGCAAAAGGAGGAGGAGAGGAGACAGAGGAAAGAUGAGGAGCUGAGAUGGCAAAGGAGGAAGGAGGAAGAGAGGGAGGAGGAGAGGAGGCACCAGGAGGCUGCUAAUCAACAACACAUGGAGAAUGCCAGAAUGCAGGAACAGCAGCAAUGGGCAAAAUCCAAAUCUACUCCAGAGCUAGAUGACCUGGAGAAACCAGAGACUAAAAGCUGGUAUGGCCGCUCGGGGGGCAUGGCCCAGAAGUUACUGGAGGAGGAGUUGAGACGUAAAGCAGACAAAAAGGCCCAGAGUCUCCAGGCCGCGUCCGAGCUGGAGUUGGAGAGGAGAAACAUCCUGAAUGCCAUGCGAUACAGAGAGCCAGAAAGAGUGACUAGCAGCGGUGGGCUGGACGAGGCAUCGUGGAGGAAUGGCCAGCAGAGCCAGUCCCAGGCAGAGCUAGAGAGGCAGCAGAUCCUGCAGGAGAUGAAGAAGAAGACCCAACUGACCACAGACAACAGCUGGAUCCGCCAGUGCACUACCACCAGCAAGGACCCCACUGCCAGCCUCAUCAGCAGAGGUGAGUCUCUGGACAACCUGGACACUGCGCCCCGCUCUUCUUGGCGCUCAUCGUGGUCAACCUCGUCCAUCGGUGGUGGCGGUGGUGGCAACAGCGGCAGCGGGGUCGGUGGUCGUCCCGGCUCAGCCACCCUGCCCUCCUCCCUCUCCAUGAGCUCCCUCAGAGGGCCCGGGGGGAGCAACCCGUCUUCCUGGUCCCAAUGCUCGCCAUCUCCCUCCCCCACUCCUCCUUCUGGCCUCGAAAUCGAGUCACGCCCAUCCUCGCAGCAACGCAGCAGGUCAGUGAGUGGCAAGAAAGUCUGUACGUUCUGUGACACGGUCCUGGGCAAGGGAGCCGCCAUGAUCAUCGAGUCCCUGGGACUCUGUUAUCAUUUGACCUGUUUCAAGUGCAUUGACUGCAAGUCCGACCUGGGAGGAUCGGAGGCCGGAGCUGAGGUCAGAAUACGGAGCCGACAGCUCUACUGUAACUCCUGCUACGUGCGAUUCAAAACUGGACAGCCAACCUCCAUGUGACAUCGCUGUACUACAGCAGAUUCAGGAAGAGACCAUUCUUGACAACAACCCAUGAACACUGCAAUCACGACAACAAGCCGUAACACUUUGCUAGAUGACAAGUUUAGAUGUAUUAAUGUGUAUUAUGAUUCUGCAAAAAGCCCUUAUUCUUCAAUGAACUACUAUCUUAUUAUUUCUUAUUAUUAUUGUAUCCAUGAGAGGGUGAGAUUGACAAAAAAAGUUAACAUGUUUAUUUCAAAGUAGUAUUAUUAUUAUUAACGAUUGCUUGUACACAUUUUGAGGGACGUGCACCUGCAAGUUUGAGUUUUACCUGGAAGUAGGUUUGGAAAAUUCUGAAAACUUUCAAAAAGUUCCCAGGUUUUUCAUAAAUCCCAGAUGGAGGGUUUGGGGAAUUUUGCAACCCUAGCUGGAAACAAUACUGGAAAUUGAUGUUGGUGUUGUCCAUAAGGUUAUUGAUCCUGAUUCCUUCAUAUUUCAGAAACGUAAGAGUUUUCGUGCUAGGCCGAGGGAAGCCUGCGUUUUCUUCUCCUUUGGGGUUCCUUUUCAUCUGUGCCUUUUUUGUUUGUGAUGGUGGGAAGGUUAUUUAGAUUAAAUGGAUUCAAAAGAUAUUUAAAACAAUGGCAUGGUUGGUUAGAGAGAGUGAGCAAUUAUUGGGGAGUUGUUGUUCUUUCUCAUUAAUAAAAUGAAUCUUAUACAUUUGAGAUGUUAAAAUAAUUUUUGCCAGAGAAACAAUAUAUAAUAUAUGGGAUUGAGGCAAAUGUUGUUCAAUAACAUUUGUAAAUAAAAAUUGUGAUCCAGA